AUGGCCGAGCCCAUGCGAAAAUUGGUUCACAGUGGAGACGCGCGGGACGUCUUGACCGUGCAGCAGGAAAUACUGGGGGAGCUGGAACAAGAGCGCUCGGACAUCGAGGCGCAGCUGAGCUCGGCCCGUGCUCGCUAUCAACAUCAGCAGAUUGCUCUGGUUCAGCACACACAUACCCUCAAGGAAGCUCAUAUCGCCCUCAUGGGCCUGUUUCAGCGACUUCGUCCUUCACCUCUCUACUACGUCGAUUCACUGCCUUUGAUCAACCAUGAAUUCAACAGUGUGGUUCGAGAUGCACUGCAAGCUCAGCACCCCGACGCCUAUAGUCAGGCCCGCAAACGCGCCCUGGAACGCGAGGCGCGUCGUGAUGCGGAGCAUGAGGCCACUCAAGAAGCCUGA